CUCUACCCCAGAACCCUAACCGUACUACUAGUCCUAUAAAAGGCGACACGCCGAGUCGCGAGAGGCGCUUCGCUCCUCCGCUCCCGCUAGCGUUCUCGGCUCCUACGAGGGUUCCGCAUCGAGAGAGAGAUCCCCCACACGAUGACGAAGCGCACUAAGAAGGCUGGAAUUGUUGGCAAAUAUGGUACCAGGUAUGGUGCUAGUUUGCGUAAGCAAAUUAAGAAAAUGGAGGUCUCUCAACAUGCAAAGUACUUCUGCGAGUUCUGCGGAAAGUAUGCGGUGAAAAGAAAAGCUGUUGGAAUUUGGGGAUGUAAGGAUUGUGGGAAGGUGAAGGCCGGUGGUGCUUACACCUUGAAUACUGCUAGUGCUGUUACUGUGAGGAGCACCAUCCGUCGUCUGAGAGAGCAAACUGAAGGGUGAUCAUGCAUUGUCGCAAUUUUGUUAUUUUAGGGGAUGAUCUAAUUAAAAUUUUCGUUUGUAGUUUUGUUUUCCAGUUUGAUUUAAGAUGACCCAUGUUUGAUCUUGUGAAUUUGGAAAUUCACUUGCUAGAUUCGUCGAAAUAUCAAAUUUUAUCUCUAGACUUGCUUGUAAGUGAAAUUUUGAGUAUCAGACUUAUGAAUGAGCUCCCCAACAAAAUAUAAUAUGUUCUCUUC